CUUUAAUACAGGUGAGCUGGGUGGGUCUGUUCCGCGUGUAGGUGCUUUAUAAAAGGAGGAGUGCUCUAAAAGUCUCCUCAUUCAUUCAUUUAUUCUUUCUUUCUUUCGCUCGCGAGCUGCUUCACAGAAACGACGCCAUGACACGGUUAAGACUCAGUCAGCGAUGCUGGUUCUCCUGUGUCUUACUGCUGCUGAUAGACAAAGUGUCUAUUUCAGUGUCCCUGCAGGGCAUUGAAGCUGGUGUAGGAAAGCCUGUCAUCUUACCAUGUUCAAACAGUGAUGAGGCACUGCAGGAUAAAGUCACUGUGUUCUGGAGAUUCAGAGACAGCAGGACUGUGUACGACAUCAUCGACAGCGAAGUGUUGUUUGAUGAACAGGACACAUCAUUCAGACACAGAGUUGAAAGUUUUCCAGCUGAGUGGACAAAGGGAAACUUCUCCAUCACACUCAGCAGUGUCCAGAAGGCUGAUGGAGGACUGUACACCUGCUUCAUUCCUGCUAUCAACAAACAAACGAAAGUACAGCUGAUUGUUCAAGAGAGACCAGUUGCACAAAUGCUUCAGCAGAGAGACGGGGACGUCAAAACAGCGCCAGCUUUAUCAGUGAGAGGAGAGUUGAGGAACAGGGACGCUGGAAGAAAACCAGAGAACCUUGUGCUUUUCUCUGCAGCUCUGUUGGGACUGACCCUGCUGGAUGUCUGACUUUUCACAUACUGAACUGAUGUUAUGAUGUAGUUAUUAAUAAUAUAGAUAUUUUAUACAGAUUAUUGUGUGUGUGUGUGUAUAUACAUAUAUAUAAUGUAUAUGUAUGUAUGUAUGUAUGUAUGUAUAUAAUGUAUAUGUAUAUGUGUGUGUAUAUCAGGCACACUCAUUGUCCAUUUUAUAGUAACACAUCAGUGUUACUGCAGUACUGAGAAUGAUCUGCCACCCAAAUAGUACCUGCUCUGUCAGGGUCCAUGGGGGGUCCUGACCACUGAAGAACAGGGUAAAAGGGGGCUAACAAAGUAUGCAGAGAAACAAAUGGACUACAGUCUGUAACUGUAGAACUACAAAGUGCACCUAUAUAGUAAGUGGAGCUGAUAAAAUGGACAAUGAGCAUAGAAACAAGGAGGUGAUCAUAAUGUUAUGUCUGAUCAGUAUGUAUGUAUGUAUGUAUAAAUAUAGUAGUGACCCUAACUGACCUAAGAGAGGGGAUAUGUUCUAUGAUGUAAGUGAGAUGUUUAAAUGAAUGUGGCUAAGGUGUUUGUAAACAUAUGACUUCCACUGUAUAUGAAGAAUUUUUUGGCACAGUAGAAUUUGCUCAUUGUAUAAUAAAUGUUUUUGUAUUGUUUUUGUAAAAUGAAUCUGCACUGGAUGAUACUGAUAAUAAUUAAAAAAAUAUUUUGAUAAAAUGA